AUGGAGUACACCAGAUUGGGAAACUCUGGACUUUACAUUUCCAAGAUUAUCAUGGGAACUGCCGGGUUUGGAUCUUCGAACUGGCAAGAAUGGAUCCUGGAAGAGCAAGACGCGUUGCCGUUACUUAAGUACGCUUUUGAAUGCGGAAUCAAUACCUGGGACACUGCAGAUGUCUACUCGAAUGGACGGUCAGAGGAGAUCAUCGGGAAAGCCCUCACGAAAUAUGACAUACCGCGUGCCCAGGUAGUCAUCCUCAGUAAGGUGUAUUACGCUCUAGACCCUGUUGGACAAUCUCCCAUAGCCCAACUCGGCUUUAAGGACAAGCAGGGGUUUGUGAACAGGGUUGGGCUCUCCAGAAAGCAUAUUUUUGACGCCGUCGAAGCCAGCUGCAAAAGGCUUGGAACCUACAUCGACGUACUCCAAAUUCAUCGGUUGGAUCGAGAGGCGCCACCUGAAGAGAUCAUGAGGGCUUUGCAUGACGUUGUGGAAAGUGGACAGGUCCGAUAUAUUGGCGCAAGCUCAAUGGCGGCAUGGGAGUUUCAAAAGCUUCAGAAUAUCGCUGCGAGAAAUGGCUGGCACUCAUUUAUCUCUAUGCAAAAUUAUUACAAUGUUCUGUACCGUGAAGAAGAGCGGGAGAUGAUACCAUACUGUCAAGACAGCGGAGUGGGUAUCAUUCCAUGGAGUCCCUUGGCAAGGGGUGUCCUGGCGCACCCGUGGAGGGAAAGAUCAUCGAAAAGAGAGCAAACUGAUAAGCUGCUAGCCUCUCUGGUGAGAAGUGCUACUAAUGGUGUGGAUGAGCUCAUUGUGGGUCGUGUGGAGGAGAUUGCGAAGAAGCGCGGAGUCAACAUGGCAACGGUAGCGCUUGCUUGGUUCUUCAAGAAGCAUGUUUAUCCCAUCGCUGGAAUGAAUAGUACGGCACGGAUUGAUGAAGCGGUCGCGUCAGUUCGUUUUGAGCUGGAAGAAGAGGAGGUUGCUUAUAUUGAGGAAUUGUAUAUUCCGAGAGAGGUUAUCUACUAAUUCGAAC